AUGAAUCCUUCUAAACUAAGAUGUGGCGUGCCAGCCCUACAGCCAGUGCCUGCUACAUUUAUCCUCUAUGGGUUCAAUGUUCCACCUGGUGGUCAACCAUGGAUGUCGUCACUACAGCGAUUAAAUGGUGAUCACUUUUGUGGAGCUUCUUUAAUAGAUCAUGAGUGGGCAGUCACAGCACAUCACUGUAUUGAUGACAGAGAUGCCAAUUCUUUUCAAUUGGCUGUAGGUGCUACUGAUCUAAACAACUUCCAGAAGGAAGGUUUUAUAUCAGAAAUUCGGGAAAUCAUUUCUGCCCCAGAAGCUGUUUCUUCAAACGAUUGGAUUCAUGCAGACGUAGCAUUAUUGAGACUAGCAAGAUCUGUGCCAUUCAGUGACACAAUACGUCCAAUAUGUCUGGCUCCUUCAAGCCGCAAUGUGAAACUCUACAGAUCAUGCUUCAUCAGUGGAUGGGGUUUGGAUGAAGUAGGAGAUGAAAAACAACAUUUGCAAGGAACAACAGUUAGCAUUAUUCACUCACCAGAGGAAUGUAGUGAAAUCUUUGGCAAAUUAUUUCCAAACGGCUGGUCAGAAACUGGCCUUUGUGUUGAUAACGAGAAUCCGAAUUCACCCGCAUGCAAUGGUGAUUCUGGAGGGCCUUUGGUAUGUCAGAACCCUGAGGGUGUGUGGGAGCUGGUAGGAGUCACCAGUUAUGGGUAUUCAGGAUGUUCGACUCCAGGCUAUCCCGCUGUUUACCAAAACGUACCUGGACACUUCACCAAGUGGAUCGAAAAAACAAUAGGAAAAGACUUAGAUUUUGCUGUCAAUCCAUAAAUAUGAAGACAUAACAUGCAGGAAGCUCUAUUUAUAGACCACUUGGAGUCCUUCAACCCAUAACAUCAGAGGUCAUGGAAUCUAAACAUGUCACAUUAAUUCAGUGGAA